GGUUCAGUCACCUACCGGCCUGCCGACGUGGCGGGGCGGAAGAGGAGCUGCUGGCUGGCACCAAACGGAUCAAUAUGUCCCAGGCCGCCUGCUCCGACACGGACCUCUUGGUUGACAUCGCGCCUCCACCUGUCCAGCCCCCUCUCCCUGACCCUGACUCCACUCAGGAUGUCCCAGCGUCCCUCACUCCUCCGCCCUCGGCCCCUCUGCAGUCUGCUCUGACCCCCGAGAGUGUCGUCCCUCCGCGGCCCGUCGAGGACACGACCGCAGAGGACACCGAGGCUAACACCUCGCAGGGUCAGACUGACCAACCGGAGGCUGCGGCUGAGGGUCAGGUGAUUGAAUGUGACCAACCAGUGAGCCUGGAGGCUGACGCAGAGGCAGCAGAGGAAAAUCAAGAGAGGUCUCUUCAGGAGAAAGAGAAAGCUUGGGGAGGUUGGGGUUCAUGGGGGAAAUCUCUCCUGAGCAGUGCCACCUCCUCAGUGGGGCAGAGCUUGACCUCAGUGAAGGUGAAGGCAGGGGAGGCGCUGCGUCUCAACAGGACUUCAGUAGGAGAGGAGGCGCGAGAGGAGGAGGAGGAGGGGGAGGAGGGGGGGGAGGAGGGAGCAGAGGGGAAGAGAGAGGAAGGAGACACUGACCCGUCCAGCUCUGCAGAAUCCUCUGGCAGCGCUGCAGCUCCAGGCAGGGGCGUCUUCUCUUCUAUCACACACGCGGUGCAGAACACAGGUAAGUCUGUGAUCAGCGGAGGGUUGGAUGCCUUGGAGUUCAUUGGAAAGAAGACCAUGACCGUUCUUGCCGAGAGUGACCCGGGUUUCAAAAAGACCAAGACCCUGAUGCAGAAGACCGUGUCACUGAGCCAGAUGUUGAAGGAAGCAAAAGAGAAGGAGCGUGCACGUCUGGGUAACCAGCCAAUAAGUGAGCACACAGCUCACUACGGUAUUCUGUUUGACGACUACCAGGGCCUGUCCCACCUCGAGGCUCUGGAGAUCCUGUCCAAUGAGAGCGAGGGAAAGGUCCAGGCCUUCCUCUCCUCCCUGACAGAAGAAGAACAGGACGAGGUGAAGAAGGAGCUGAUUUUUAUCAAGGACAUCUUCAUGAAGCGAGAGGAGGAAGAGGAGGAAAAGGAGAAAGAAGGAGAAGACGAAGGACAGACGAAGGAUAACGCAGCGGACGGCGAGGAGUUUGUGAGCAUUCUCACUGAGCUGCUGUUUGAGCUUCAUGUUGCUGCAACUCCAGACAAACUGAACAAGGCUCGCAGGAGGGCCCAUGAUUGGGUGAGCGUGGUGGAACAGACUGUCACUACGGAGACAGUUGGCAGGGAAACGCAGGACCUGCAGGGAGGAGAGGCCUCACCUGAAGAGACUGAAAACGAGGAGAAGAAGAAGCAAGGAGGAGAAGAGCAAAAGGAGGAGAGCGGCGGGGGGGAGGAGACGAACGGAGAAGACGAGGAAAGGAAGGAGAAAGAGGAGGACCCGAGAUCUGUGGAGGCUGUCUACCUGUCCUCAGUGAGCAGUUUGGCAGAAGUGACAGCUCGCAGUAUCGAGCAGCUCCACAAGGUGGCAGAGCUCAUCCUCCACGGUCAGGAGCUGGAGAAACCAGCCAGAGACCAGGCGCACAUCCUCACCAGGUUGACGUGUGCCAUGUGUAAGGAGGUGCAGUGUUUGGCCAAGAAGUUCUCUGACACGCUGCUUUUUGUCGGGGGUCAGAGGAAAGCAGAGGAGCUGACUCCGCUGAUAGACAGUGUGCAGCUAGAGGGCUCCAAUAGCACGAACUACAUCCAGAAUGCAUUUCAGCUGCUGCUUCCCAUCCUGCAGAUCUCCCACAUCCAGAGCCAACACAGUCAGCCCGACACAGAGCCCAGCACACAAACACAGCAUUAACACACACACACACACACACACACACCUGCUCACCUGCUUGUCUUAAUGUACUUAUAAUUGUACAGUAAAUAAAAUAGAUUAUAACAGAUGAAGUGCUUUAAACUACAUUAAGUGCCAUAGCAUCAGGCAGAAGAGGUUUUAAAUAUCAUAAUAUCUGACUAUAGUCUGGUAGGUAACAGUUUAACAGACAGGUACAUGAAGAACUGUUACACACCUUUGAUUUGUGUCUCUUCCAUGUUGUAUCUCUGUGUUUUACUUUGAUUUAGCAGUGCUAAGAUAUUCUUCUCAGAUGAACCAAACAGAGAUGAUUUGAGUUUUUCUGUUUCUUUAUCAUCUCUAAAAGCUGAACCAAAAACAAAACCUUAUUGAAGAGCAGAAUGUGUUGAAGGGAUUUGACAUUAAUGUAUAUUAAGCUUUCUUUGCACUCCUCGUGGUCCAUAGUUAUUCAAACGUCAGGAGAGUUGACUAACACUAGUGGGCUGUCUGUUUCUCUAAAAUGUUUUAAAGUUUAAGAGUUCAAGAGAUCAUGACUGUUUGAUUUUUAUGUUAAAUUAUGUGCGGUGACACUACCUUUUAUGUCACUGUAAUCCAGUUUGAUUUGAAAGAAAAAGUGACGACAUAUUAACACAUAAGAAAAUAAUUAGUUCUCCCUUCCUCAUUUUUUUUUGUACAUUGCAGAGUGUAUCAUUUCAUGUUGGUUAAUUUAUCUCUAAUUAUCUGGUGUUGCUGCUACAUUUAAAAAGUUGAUUCUGGCUUUUUGUGGAAGUUUCCUUCAUUGCUUUGGCGUUGACAGUGGGAACGGGAAAACAGCGAGCUUCUGGCACAUUAAAUAAUAAACAAGAACCGCUUUAAAACCACAACAAGUCAUUCAAACAGUGUGAAUGUAAACCACUGGUCACGGCUGCUUUUGGGCUGAAGAAUAAAGUCGUUAACACAAAAAUGAACAAUACUCGACUUUCAAGUUGAUGGAGCAAAUUUAACUUUUUAAUGAACUGGGACACAGUUUUUGAGUUUGAGCAGCAGCCCAAAGAUUAUCACAGUGAGUCUGAUUUAUUUAAAUAUAUGUAUCUAGUGUUACAUUAGCUCCUCGCUUCCAGUCACGACUCCUUUACUCCUCAUCUUUACUUUUUCCCUCCUCACUUUUAGAGAUGAAUGUAUGCAGGCAGGAUAUAUUAUUAACAAUAAAAAACAUGAGUUGUUCCUUUCAGACACCAUCAGAGGCCGUUUGACAGAGUUACAAAUGCCUUAAAAAAUUUAAUUAAUUGUAAUGUAAGAUUAAUGUUUGGAAGACAAGUCUUGUUUUAUAGGAUUUCCUCCUAAUGAAACAGCCUUAACAUGUUUGAGACAGAGAUGACGAAAAUAAAGAAGAAUAACUAUUU